AUGGAAAUCGUCCCGGACCCGGUGAGGAAACCGACAGUCCCGGAGCCCGAGGACUAUGUCAACCCCUUGCAGAGCAGUUCCCGCUGGUCCCUGAACGCGCGGGCUCAGGCCAUCCGCUAUGCCUCCAGUCUCGGCUUCAGCAUCGCCAACCGCACCGAGCCUGCGGCUCCCACGCCGUCCACCGAGUUCUGGGCCGACUCCACGCUCGCCGCAUGCAAGGGACCCAAGAAGAUCAGGGUCGAGGUGUGGACGCCGCCGCGUCUGGCCGUCGGGCCUCGUGCCGCCGUUGUGGCUCUCCACGGGGGCGGAUGGAUCCUCGGCCAGGGCACCGACAGCGCGCGAUGGGCAUGUGCGGUCAUGACCUCGCUCGAUGCCGUUGUCUUCACUGUCAACUACCGCCUGGCUCCCACCUACCCGUUCCCAACCCCCGUUGAGGAUUGUGUCGACGCCAUUUGCCAAAUAGCGAAGCGCGCCGCACAAUUCGGCAUCGACCCCAACCGCAUCAUCCUCUCGGGCUUCUCCGCCGGUGGCACCAUGACCCUCGCCAGCUGGAUCAUCAUGCAGGAGCCGGAGCGUUGGAAUUACACGCUGCCUUUUAUCCCCCCACGCAUCACGGGGCUCGUUCUCUUCUAUCCCGGCUUGGACUUCACCAUCCCCAGGCAAGAAAAGAGGCUGAGCUGUUCCCGUCCCGAUCUCACGCUUUCCAAGGGACUGACGGACCUCAUCGAUGCCUCAUACGUCUAUCCUCCCAUCCCUCGCCCCCUGCGUGCCGACCUCAGACUCUCCCCCGGCCUGCUGCCUGACGAACUCGUGGCGAAGCUGCCACCUGUCCAUCUAUGCCUGUGCGAAUACGAUAUGCUUCUCGCCGAAGGCCUCCGUUUCGCAGACAGGUUAAAGAAGAUGGACAAGACACUCACUCUGCGAGUCGUCGCCAAGGAGAAGCACGCAUGGGACUGCCCUCCGCCAAUGGUACAAAAGGAGAGCGUCGAGGUCGAAUACGGAGAGGCGACGCAGGCCAUAGCCAACUGGCUGGGUCAGCAGCACGACACGGACAGGGAGUCGAUGCGGUCCAUGAAGACGAAGCGUUUGAAGAUCCCCCGGCCGAGCCUCAUGCCGCUUAGCUACCAGAUACGGAAAACAUGGUAA